UUUCAAUUUGAAGUUCAUCCAUAAAUUAUACAAAACACUUUGGAUUUUAAUAAAGUAUAUAAUUUUUUAGCUGAUCAUUAUCCAUAAGAAUAAAAUACUGCAUCAGAUUUGAAUUUUUAAGUCGAUAAUGUAGUUUGAUUUGGACCAAGAAACUACACAUAUAAUCUCGUCGAUGAUGCUACCUGACAGUCUUUGGGAAAGAAAAACAGGGAUAAAUUAAAAGAUUUCCAAUCUUUUUGCUGAAUUUCCCUGCGGAGACAAUAAUUAUUUUAGUUCUAAUUAUAUGAUAUUUAUAUGAGUAAAUAAGUACUUUAUGGUAUCUACCUACCUAGGUACCUUAUAAUACACGCCACACAAUUAAACAAGUGGAUUGCCUUGCUAUAAGCUAUAAGUUUAUGGACAUUUUUAAAGCUAGGUUGUAAACAAACAAGCAGAAAGUGAUGGAGAAUAAAUAGAAACAAAACCUACCAUAUAUUAAAUCUCUUUAGAUUUAAUUUUACGUAAAAUAUAUAGAGUUUUUAUUUUUAAUCAAUACAGGGAUAAUUAUGAAGUUUCGUUUUUGUGUAAAGUGUAACCUAUAAAUUUUAUUGGUGAAGUGCUAUUUUUUUAAAAAUAUGAACAUUAUUGAAAUUAUAAAGUUCCUUUUUAAAUCAACUGUUUCUAAUAGAUUCUUUAAUUAAUUACAAAUUGAUUCAGAAGAUAAUUAAAGACAUUUUUAUACUGAGCGUUGUAAAGACAAACCGAAGAAAAUGGAUCAGAUGCUACCAAGUCCAGGGUUUAGUAUACCCAGUAUAGGAACUCCUUUGCAUCAACCAGAAGAGGAUCAACAAAUCUUGCCUAAUGCUUUGCAACAACAGCAGCAACAACAACCACCACAGCAGCAGCAACAGCAACAACAGCAGCAGCAGCAACAACAACAGCAACAACAGCAGCAGCAGCAGCAGCAACAACAGCAACAGCAACAAUAUCAAUUACAACAAUUACAUGCCAUGAGUCCAAACAUGCAGAGUGGAAUGCUUAUGAUAGGAACACCGCAAAAAACUAUGCACGCUUAUGCGACAACACCUGCAUUUGCGCCACCUCAAAGUCUUAUGCAACCACAAACGCCGCAAAAUAUGAUGUCCCCUUUAGUUCAGAAUAAUAAUCACAUCGCACCUUCAUCGAUAGGACCAUCCACUCCGGGUCCUAUGACACCAAUGACUCCAGCUUCUGCGGAUCCAGGGAUUUUACCACAGCUUCAAAACAUUGUCUCUACAGUCAAUUUGAACUGCAAAUUAGAUUUGAAGAAAAUUGCUCUUCAUGCAAGAAACGCAGAAUAUAAUCCAAAAAGAUUUGCUGCAGUUAUUAUGAGGAUAAGAGAGCCAAGGACUACUGCUCUAAUAUUUAGUAGUGGAAAAAUGGUUUGUACAGGGGCAAAGAGUGAAGAAGACUCUCGACUAGCUGCAAGAAAGUAUGCCAGAAUUAUUCAAAAGCUGGGUUUCCCUGCAAAGUUCCUUGACUUUAAAAUACAGAACAUGGUAGGCAGUUGCGAUGUAAAAUUUCCAAUUAGAUUAGAAGGCUUGGUGCUUACUCAUGGACAGUUCUCCUCGUAUGAACCUGAACUUUUUCCUGGCUUAAUAUACAGAAUGGUUAAACCUAGGAUUGUUUUACUUAUAUUUGUAUCAGGGAAAGUAGUCUUAACGGGUGCGAAGGUUCGACAGGAGAUUUAUGAAGCAUUUGAUAAUAUUUAUCCAAUUCUGAAGAGCUUUAAGAAACAGUAACUUAAUUUAUCAUUAUAUAUUAAUGUUAUGCCUUAAAAGGAUAAAAUGUAGGUAAGAUAUCUUGGUUUUCGACCCGACGGGCAACUAGUAACUUUUUCCUAAUGUUAAAUUUGUUUUUAAUAGCAAAGUAUAUUAACUUAGUCAAGAUAAAUAGAAUGACUUCCAAAACUAUUUUUUUCAAAAUUUCCUCAUACUUACUGUGGGGCAGACUGAAAAAAAUACCUUUAAAACUGACCACUGAAGUGUCUUCUCGAUAAUGCAGUGCCUUGAUCGAGAGAUAGUCACCUCUUAGAAUUUGUUCUUAAUUUAUAUAUUUAUGUAAUUUCAACUUUAUCUGCAUAGAUUUAGUUUUUUUCUUAGAAUGCAAGGUGUAAUUUAUGUAUCUUUUAUGUACCUUUUCUGUUGAACAUAACUGUUGACAAUUAUAUGUGUGCAAGCAAAGUGGAAAAUGGAGAAAAAAUUAAUAUAAAUAUGGAAUGGAAGAAGAAUUGUACCACUAUACGUAUGACUAUCGAAAUUCUGAAAAAUUCCUCAAUUUUAUAAAAGAUUAAAUUGCAUUUUGAUACGUUGUAUAUGAAAUAGUUGUUAUAAGCAGUACAGUGAUUAUGAAAAUAUUAAAAUUAUACAAAUUUUCUAUUGUAAAAAUAUAUAUUUAAUUGCAUUAAAAAAUUGUUCAUUAAUUAAAAUAUUUAUUAUUUUAGUUACUUAAUUGUGUAAUUUCAUAAUUGUUUUAACUAAACACUGUUGAAGCACAGGGCAUAUAUCUUUAUUAACUGUCGUUAAAGUAUCUGUUGCGCGCACAAUCGAAUUUGUAUCAAUACUGCCAAGUAGGAACACCUCUGAGAUUUGACCAUGUUGGGGAAGACUAGCAAGCGUUAGUAUCCCAUGAUUAAAAUUAUUUUCGUGAUCUGGUUGUGUGUUACAUAUUGCCUCUUCUGUAUCUGUAGGAUCCACUAAGAAGUUGUUACCGUAAAUGCCCUGCAUUAUUAUUAUUAUGUUAACAUGUUUAUCAAAAGAAGAUACUUCACAAUUAUAUUUUUGAAUAAUGUACUUACAAUGGUGGAAGCUGUAACCAAACCAAACAUAGGAACACCUGCAUUAGCUAAGGCAACACUAGCUGCCAUGAUCGCUGCAGCCAAUGAAGAUCCAGCAUUAUCUAGGACCAUGGCGUAUACAUCUACUUGAAAAUUAGGAAACUCGUGCUGUAAAAAUAUUGUAAUUAUAUACUUUUGUAAGAAAACAUAUAAAUCAU